UCAAUUAGGUGCGUGUGUGUGUGAAAUUCAGUGUAUAUUAGAAAAAGUUCGUAUUUAAUUAAAAUAUGCUUUUAUCUUCAAAAAUGAACAAUGUAACAAUGAAUACAAGAAUGUGAUAAAAGCUUGAUUUAAUUCUGGAUAAAACAGUAUCAAACUAUCUUAGCUAAAUGAAAAAUUAUUUUCUGAGUUCACUUUAAACGUCGAAAUAUUGGCUAAAAGAAUAUAUUUAAGAUGAAUGCUUGUUAUGUUGUUCUCCAAAUGCUAUAUGUUGUACACUGCAGCAUAGUUGUGAACGGUGUCCGAGACGUUCGUUCGCAUAUUGAACUAGACAGACAAGCAGCGGUGGUUCCACCCAAGGAGUUCCUAUCCAGUGAUAUUAUUGCACAAUUUGUUUUGCCAACGCUUUCAAAAGGUGGAGGACCGUUAAGAGAUGAAUCUUUUGGCAGCACCACAUCAACUGCGAGGCCGAUCAAUUUUGUAAAUCGUACAACGUCUGCUGUAUCAAACAAGUCAGGAAUUGGAUCAAACUCACAAUCGAAAAACUAUUUCACGCAUCUGACAUUUGAUUACAUCCACAAUGUAAUGUACGCAGGUGCCACUAAUAAGAUUCUGAAGCUAAAUGAAAAUCUGCGCGUUCUGUCAGAGGCGGUGACUGGGCCCAAACACGAUGCACCUCAAUGUCACGCAGGUGGUUGUCCAGAUGAUGUAGAGACAACUCUAGUAAAUAAUUUUAAUAAAAUAUUAGUUGUCAGUUAUGCUCAUAAUGACGGCAUCCUCAUAUCGUGCGGAAGUAUUCGACAAGGUGCAUGUGAAAUCUACAACCUUAUGAGAUUUCCAGCAGCAGCACAGUUCAUUGCUGUUCCGCUAGCUGCGAAUGAAGAGUACGCAUCAACAUAUGCGUUUGUUGGACCAGCACGUUAUUCGUGGAAAGAAGAGGACAUUCUUUAUGUGGGCACUACAUUUACCAAUGUCGGUGACUAUCGCCAUGAUGUGCCAGCGAUAUCAUCGCGAAGACUCGAAGAUUUAAAUUAUGCAGAAUUCUCUAUUCAACAGUCGAUUAUUAACAUCGACGUAAAGUAUCGUGAUCACUUUCUUGUUGAUUACGUGUAUGGUUUCAAUUCAUCAGAAUACGCAUAUUUUGUGCUUGUCAAAAAAUCGCAUUUGGCUGAGGAAGCCGGUUAUGUGACUCGACUGGCAAGAAUUUGUAUAACGGAUCCCAACUAUGACAGUUAUACAGAAAUAACUAUACAAUGCACGGCCACCGAUGAGCAUGUUGAUUACAAUAUUUUGCGUGAUGCAAAAAUCACGCAUGCCAGUCAAAAGCUAGCUCAUCAAAUGGGUAUCAAACGAGAUGACCAUGUACUGGUCACAGUUUUCGCCAUCAAAGAGAUUAGCGAUCAACCUCAAAAUAAAUCGGCCAUGUGCAUCUAUAGUCUGAAGGAUAUUGAAGAUGUAUUCAUUGAGAAUAUACAUAUGUGCUUUAAUGGCACAAUAAAGGAUCGUAAUCUUGGCUAUAUUUCGGGCACAAUCAAUGAUGGCCGAUGUCCAAUUGUUGGUUCAUUGGGUAACAUAUACAACUUUUGUAGUGUGGGACUAAAAAUUAGCGGUGUUUCGCCGAUAUCUGCUCAGGCAUUAUUUCAUUACGAUAAUGUAUCGAUCACAUCAGUGACAGCGACAACAACAACUGAUCAGCAACAUUCUUUGGCAUUUCUUGGCACCGAAGGAACUAUUAAGAAGGUUUUGUUGUCAGGUCAACAGCCGGGUGAAUAUGGCGAGAUUGUUGUUGACCCGGGUAAUCGUAUUUUGCCCAACACUAUGAUGUCACAAAAGGAUUUCCUAUAUGUGUUGUCGUUACGUACAAUCACCAAAUUGCGCAUUGAGCAUUGCUCGAUGUAUACAAAUUGUUCAGCCUGUUUGGAGAGUCGUGAUCCAUUUUGCGGCUGGUUCCUGGAGAAACGUUGUACGGUUCGUUCUACCUGCCAACGUGAUACGUCCGCAUCGCGGUGGCUUUCCCUCGGCAGCGGACAGCAAUGCAUUGACUUUGAAUCAAUUGUGCCCGAUCAAAUACCUAUUAAUCAAUUGAGCCAAGUGCAAUUAAUUAUAAGAACUUUACCCGAACCAUUCAAUGCCAAAUAUCGCUGUGUGUUUGGCAACUCAACACCUAUUGAUGCAGAGAUACUCGAAAAUGGUUUGAGUUGUGCGACUCCAAUUGAUCAACGGCCAGCCAUUGUUGGCAAUACAGACCAUGUACUCGUGCCGCUUUCUGUGCGAAGCUCCGAAACAAAUAAAGAUUUUGUGUCGCGCUCGUUUGCAUUCUUCGAUUGCUCGCAUCACAGUAACUGCCAACGUUGUGUGCGUAGCAUGUGGGGCUGCAAUUGGUGUAUAUUUGACAAUAAGUGCGUUCACCAGUCGGAGCAGUGUCGCAAUAUGGAAAUUGCUAUUAGUUCAGAAGGACAAUGUCCACACUUGAAGCGACAACGCGAUGUCAUCUUGUUGCCGGUGCGUGUGCCCAAAGAAAUACGUUUCGAGAUUGCCAAUUUACCCAAACCGAAAAGUGCUCAUGCCGGUUAUUUGUGCACAAUUCAAAUCGAAGCCGCCCAAAUGCUUCUGCCGGCACAUAUUGAGUCUAACAAGAUUGUCGUAUGCGAGAAAACUCCAUAUUUUUACGAGACUAAUACUCAUGAGUAUGAGGCUAAAGUGGACAUUACCUGGAAUCGUCAGCAUUACGUGGAUACAGCCACAAUUAUUUUGUAUAAAUGCGAUGUGUUGGGCUCUCAUCGGGAGCAUGCUGAUUGCAGUUUAUGUGUGACACGUGAUCCUAAAUACCAAUGCGCCUGGUGUGGAAGCUCCUGUGUCUACAAUGAAACAUGCUCUAGUUCCGACGCCGCACAAUCUAACUCCCACAAUAAUGCAUUACUACAAAAUGAAUGCCCCCGUCCUAGAAUUGACAUUAUUAAACCACUAACUGGUCCUGUAGAGGGCGGUACUCUAAUCACCAUCGAAGGCAGCAAUUUAGGCAUUCGCGAGGAGGAUGUGCGUGGCAAAAUCACCAUUGGGAGCGUACCCUGCGAUUUGGUUAACUAUCAAAUAUCGGUGCGGAUUGAAUGCCGCACAAGGGCCGCUUUACGUGAGAUGUCGGCGCCAAUUAAAGUGGCCAAUGAAGCGGGCUAUACGGAAUCCAGUGUGCAGUACCAUUUCAAGGAUGUGCUAUUGACUGGGUUAUAUCCAAUGGUGGGCCCAAAAUCCGGUGGCACGCAGUUGUCAUUGCUUGGAAAAUAUCUAAACAUUGGCUCCAACAUUCGUGCAUUUCUUGAUGAAUAUGAGUGUCAUAUAAAUUUGACACAAGCAUCAUCUUCUCGAUUGUCCUGCACCACAUCGGCGUCUACCCAGCCUGAGCCUAUCCGCUCACUGCGUCUGGUUAUCGACGGUGCGAAUCGCACAUUUACUUGUAAAAGUGAACCACAUUUAGUGAGUGUUGCCCAAAAUAAUUUUGGAGAAUUUUGGCAAGCGCCUUCGAUGCCGUGCUCUAUUUUCAAUUACACACAGGAUCCGCGUAUUAUGCAAAUUAAACCGCUCCGCAGCUUUGUCAGUGGUGGACGUAUAUUAACUGUGCAUGGAAUGCACCUUGACUCCAUACAGAACCCAGAAUUGGAAGUAUUUUAUGAAAAUGUCCGAGUUAACAAAACCGCUUGCACCGUGAUCAAUAACAAUCAAAUGGAGUGUCCAUCCCCAGUUAAUUUCCAAUUUCAAUUGCUUAAAAAUGGGAUGUCAAAAAAGGAUUCGGUUUUAGCACAAUACAAUUUGACUAGAUCGAAGCAAAAACGAAAUUCCUAUUAUAAUGAAAAAUACUUUGUGGGCGAUCACCACUUGGAUAACCUAGAAAACUUGUCGGCUGCCUUUGUAAAAGUGCACGAAACCCAAUUGAAUCUACAAAUGAGCUUUGUCAUGGAUAAUGUGCAACUGGUGCGAGAUUUGAAUAAAUAUUUUCAUGAUAUUCGUAGCACUAUUGUGUAUCUGAACGAUCCGAAAUAUUUGCCAUUUGUCAAUGAUGAUGGCAUCAAACUGUAUAAAGGCGAUACUCUUGUGAUUGAGGGAGAGCUUUUAAAUAUUGCAGCGGAUGAGUAUGAUGUUAAUGUCACUAUUGGUACAGCACAAUGUAAUAUUACAAGCUUAGCACUCACUCAAUUACUCUGCAUUCCACCCGAGCGUCAACCACCAGCAACGGAUGAGAAUGGUAUAGACCAACCAAAUGAUUUACCUUUAGUGGUUGUAAAAGUCGGUCGCAAUCUUCGCUUCGUCAUUGGAUCUCUUAAGUAUGAUUUAAACAAAACGCAUUCAAUACCACAUCUGAUAAUUGGAAUAAUUUUGGCAGUAUUAUUGUUAAUUGUGAUCUUAGUGGUGGUGCUAAUUAUAUUUCGUCGCAAAUCCACCCAAGCCGAGCGCGAGUACAAACGAAUUCAAAUACAGAUGAUCACACUUGAAAGUAACGUUCGCUCCGAGUGCAAACAAGCAUUUGCCGAACUGCAAACGGAUAUGACUGAUUUAACGGCUGAUCUAGAAAGCAGUGGCAUACCUACUCUUGAUCAUAUCAAUUAUAUUAUGAAAGUUUUCUUUCCCGGUGUCUCAGACCAUCCCAUACUGAAUGCACCAAAUCCGAAGCUCAAUUAUGAUGCCGCUAUGAUGCAAUUCGAACAGCUAAUCAGUAAUAAAUACUUUUUGUUAACGUUUAUAGAGACGCUAGAGGCCCAACGAUCUUCAUUCUCAAUUCGGGAUCGUGUUAAUGUAGCUUCAUUGCUCAUGAUAGUACUAAUGAAUAAAAUGGAGUAUGCCACUGAAAUAUUAAAAUCUUUAUUAUUGCGACUCAUUGACAAAUCACUUGGCAGUAAAUAUCCGCAUUUAAUGUUACGUCGUACCGAAAGCGUUGUAGAGAAAAUGUUGACAAAUUAUUUAGCAAUCUGCAUGUACGAUUACUUAAAGGAAUAUGCCGGUGCCAGUUUAUUUUUGCUAUUCAAGGCGAUUAAACAUCAGGUUGAAAAGGGCCUUGUCGAUGCUAUAACUCAUGAUGCUCGCUAUUCGCUUUCUGAAGACCGUUUACUGCACGAACAAGUUGCACACUCUGUGGUUAUUUUGCACAUUCUGCAAGAUGACUUGGAUGAAAAGGUGCAGUGUCGAGUCAAUGAUUGGGACACCAUCUCACAGGUUAAACUGAAGAUACUGGAUGCAAUUUUCAAGAAUACACCAUUCUCGAUGCGUCCAUCGGUGCACGAAGUGGACUUGGAAUGGCGUCAUGGACGUGGUGGCCAUUUAACUUUGCAGGAUGAGGAUCUCAACAAAACAAUUUCCGGAUGGAAACGUUUAAAUACCCUCCACCAUUAUGGUGUUAAGGAAUCGGCUGUGAUGUCACUUAUUGCUCGCCAAAAUGAUAACUAUACUAUGUCGUAUGGGAAACAACAGAUCGCGCCUUAUCACAAUUUUUACUACAUCAAUAACUCACAGAGUCAUAUUAUCAUCAACAAUGAUAUUGAAUCUGGACUUCAACAACCGAGACUCUACCAUUUGGUUAAGCCGCUGAUUCCCGAUCAUUACAUGAACAUUAAAAAUUCUUCCAUAUCUGGUGUUCUGACAUCUUCAGGCCAAUCGGCAACACAUUGUAUUGGAAAUGUCAGCAGCGAACGGGCAAACAAAACAAUUCCGGAAGUCUAUCUGACUCGUCUUCUCGCUACAAAAGGUACAAUUCAGAAAUUCGUCGACGAUUUCUUUACCAUUAUCCUAACUGUAAAUGAGGAGUUGCCGCCGGCGGUUAAAUGGUUAUUUGAUCUGCUUGAUGAAGCGGCACGACGUCACGAAAUUGCUGAUUCAGACAUUCUGCACGCUUGGAAAUCUAACAGUUUGCCUUUGCGUUUUUGGGUAAACUUUAUCAAAAAUCCGGACUUCAUUUUCGAUGUCAACAAAACAUAUUCUGUGGAUUCUUGCUUAAGUGUCAUAGCGCAGACUUUUAUGGACUCGUGCUCUACCACUGAACAUCGAUUAGGCAAGGACUCACCAUCAAACAAGCUUCUUUUGCAAAGGUUUGAUAUUCCAAACUAUAGAGUCAUGGUUAAAGAAUUUUAUCGAGACGUGGCGCGUUUGCCCCAAAUAAGUGAUCAGGAAAUGAGCACAGCCAUGCAGCAAUUGUCUAUACAACAAAAUGAGGAAUUUGAUACAAUUUCUGCUUUGAAGGAAUUGUAUAUUUAUAUAACCAAGUAUAGAGAACAGAUUAUGGAUGCCCUGGAUGCGGACCCAAAUUGUAAAAAAAUGUAUCUAGCGCGUAAACUUGAAAAUGUUGCGUGCACUCUUGACGGAGAGGAUACAUUAAACUGCUGACAAGAAUUGACAUCUCUUAAUGUAAUUUUCAAUGUUACAAAACAUUUCCAAUACACCACGAAUAACCACAUUUGCUUACUUAUUUGAACUGAAUAUAUAUAUACUACAAAUACCACUAGCUUUAAAAAAUAAAAUAAUACACAUUUUGUGAAAAGUUGAGACGUAAAGUUGACGACUUCAACUUGACAUUUUAGUUUCAAUGCAUUAAUUUUUUUUUUUAACAUCGAAUAAAGUUUAAUAAAGACGACGUACAUCGAGAAAAUAUUAAAACAUAUAUUAAUGUGCUAAAAUUAUACAUAAAUUUCUUAGUUGCCUAUUUAGUGAUUAUUAAUGAUAAUGAUCGAAAUGUCUCAAUUUUUAUGAAAAUUACUUCAUUCGCAUUCAUUUUUGAUUAUAAUUAAUUUUAUGAAAUAUUUAAAAACAUGAUUUUAAUAUAAUAGACUUAAGUUGAAACAAAAAACACAUGAUGUUCUUAUUAAGGACUUUA